ACCUUUUGGAAGAUGAAGUUUAAAUCAAUGGUUGCUUUUGAAUAAUUUGAAUAAAACAAUCCCAAGUAAAGUUUCCUUUUUCUUUCAUUGAGGAUAUGAAAGCUAUCCUCAUUUCUCUAUGGCCAUUCCUCUUUCUUUAUGCAUCCACCACCCUCCAAACCCUCACCAAAACCCCACGUCCCCCGUCCCUCCCCCCACCACCCUCUGCUUUCCGGCGCCUACUUCUUUGAAUUCCAAAUCCAAGAGGCAUUUCAUCCUCAAAACAGCUUCACUCUGUCUAAUUUCUUUCAUUCCAAAAUGCCCAGUUGUUCAAUCUUCUGAAAAUUCUCCAACUUCGAAACCUGGCCUUCCUGCUAUAGCAAACACCAAGUCUUGGUUUCAGUUCUAUGGCGAUGGGUUUUCCAUUCGGGUGCCUCCUCAGUUUGAAGACCUCACGGAACCUGAGGACUAUAGUGCUGGACUCUCUCUUUAUGGAGAUAAGGCUAAAACAAAAACCUUUGCAGCACGGUUCGGGUCUCCUGAUGGCUCUGAAGUUCUAAGUGUUGUCACUCGUCCAACGAAUCAACUUAAGAUCACCUUUCUAGAGGCGAAAGACAUAACUGAUAUAGGUUCCUUGAGGGAGGCUGCAAAAAUCUUUGUUCCAGGCGGUUCAACUUUAUUUUCUGCCCGAACGUUUAAAAUUAAGGAAGAUGAAGGCUUCAGGACUUAUUACUUCUACGAGUUUGGGAAGAACGAACAACAUGUUGCAUUAGUAGCAACUGUUAAUAGUGGACAGGUGUUUGUUGCUGGAGCAACUGCACCAUUGUCCAAAUGGGAUGAAGAUGGCAUCAAACUCCGUUCUGCUGCUAUAUCUUUAACAGUGUUAUAAUCAAUUGUUGAUAAAUUUCAUUUCAUUAGCUUGAGGAAGCUUGUGGUGAGUUCUCUAUUUAGCAACGAGACAACUCUAGCUGAAGAUAAAAUUUAGACUUUGUAUAGAAUUUCCCACUCUUUUUUUUGGUGGUUGUUGUAAGAAUUGUGUUUUGUAGUUGCUAUGCAGAGUGAUACUUGGUUCAUGUGGUUUUUCAUUUCAUCAUUUCUUUUGUUUUUAUACGGUUUUGUCGAACUAAAAACUUGAGAUUAUUGGAAGUGGCAACUGGUCUCAAUGGGACUACCACUCAUUGAAUGCAUCGUUCAAUUUAUGUUCUUUU